AUGUCCUUUAAGAAACAAGAAACAAGACCAACCCCAAAGUCUGUUUACAACUGGCGUAUCUACUGGUCCGCUUUAUUAGCUUCAUGGGUUGCGGUUAUAAUUGGUUAUGAUGCUGGAUUUGUAGGUGGGAUGAUUUCUUUAAAAUCUUUUAAACAUGAAUUUGGCCUUGAUAAACAAUCAACUUCAAAACAAUCUUGGACUUCUGAAACUAUUGUCUCCUUGUUCCAAGCUGGUGCUUUCUUUGGCGCCUUGUUCAUAUAUCCAUUAGGUUAUAAGUAUGGGCGGAAAGGUAGUUUAAUCAUUGCCACUGUGCUUUUACUGGUUGGUUCUGCUAUUCAAUUAGCGUCAAAUUCUAAAACUGGAUUAGGCACAAUGUAUGCAGGUAGAGUGUUGACUGGAUUAGGUAUUGGUGCUGUUUCCAAUUUGGCUCCAAUGUAUAUAUCUGAGAUUAGUCCGGAUGCAAUAAGGGGUCAAUUAGUUGGUGCUAUUGAAAUUACAUGGCAAUGUGGUGGUAUUAUUGGAUUUUGGAUAAAUUAUGGAACUUCAAUAAAUAUACCUGAUGAUCAAUCAAGGCAAUGGCAAAUCCCAGUGGCUCUUCAAUUAGUUCCUCCGGGGAUAUUUGCAUUAGGUGUUUACACUUUACCAGAAUCUCCUCGUUGGUUGUUUAGCGUGGGUAAACGUGAACAAGGUUUGCGAAAUUUAUGUUAUCUUAGACAAUUACAGCCAGAUGAUGAAUAUAUUCAAUAUGAAGUGAAUGUUAUGGAAAAUGAAAUAAUGAUGAAAAAACAAGAAAUCGGAUUAGGUUUAACUGACCCAAUAAAGAAAAUCCUAGGAUCUAAAUCAUUACUAUAUAGAUUAUUCUUAUCAACUUCAUUAUUCAUCAUUCAAAAUACAAUCGCAGUCAAUGCUGUCAAUUAUUAUUCCCCCAAAAUUUUCAAAACAAUGGGUGUUUCCUCAUUAAACUCUUCAUUAUUAUCAACAGGUAUAUUUGGUAUAUUAAAAGGUGUUUUUUGCUUUGUUUGGUCCUUUUACAUCAUUGAUAAAUUCGGUAGAAGACCUUGUCAAAUCACUGGAUUAAUCAUUUGUUCCACAUGUAUGUGGUAUAUUGGCGCUUACAUCAAAGUUGCAAACCCAACUUCAAAGCCUGAGGGCUCUUCAUUAGAUUCAGGUGGUCGUGCAGCUUUAGCAAUGUUUUAUAUAUGGACUAUUGGGUUUGCCUUGUCAUGGAGUGGUACACCAUGGGUUUGGAAUUCUGAAGUCUUCCCAACAAAUUUGAAAAGUGUGACAAGUUCAAUUAAUGCGGCGAGUAAUUGGUUUUGGGCUUUUAUCAUGGCUAGGUUCACUAAUCAAAUGAUUGAUAAGAUGAAGUAUGGGGUUUUCUUCUUUUUCGCUUCAAUGAUGUUGGUUAGUUUACCAAUUUUUUAUAUGUUGUAUCCAGAGACCAAGGGGAUCCCUGUGGAGUAUGUUGAUGAAUUAUUUAAGCAUAAGCCAUGGAGGGCUCAUUCGAUUGUUUUGAAAUUGAUCGAAAGGGAUAAUUUAGAAAGAAGGGAGUUGGUUAGAAGAAUUGAGGGUGUGGGUCACUCAAGUGAUAAUGUCGAUAAACCGGAUAUUGAAGUUGUUAGUAAUAUUGGAGAAGUUGUUGAAAGUUCUAGGAAUAAUUCAAUUGUUUGA